CGCGACAGGGCACACUCAAUAAUUAUUGAGUGUUCCUGGGAUUGGGCGAGCGAGCAGUCGUGCGCGCGCGCUGAUGCCAGUAUAGGAAAGCUAUUGAAGUUGUCUAGCCAGUAAAGCUACGUCACACCCAAGUCAACAGUUCGCCGCCUCUACCUCUUCGGGUCAUUGCCACACGACCGAUAAGCAAUGGGAACCCUACAUAAGCUGGUAGUUAUAUUGGCCAGCAUAAUCUACUGUUGUUCCACCUUCACGACCUUACGAGCCCAGCCGACUGAGGGUAGGGAGUUCUCUGUCAUCGAAGUGAAAGAAGCCUACGAUGAAAGCCAACUGAACGUGAGGAGCCCUGAGGUCGGGCGAAACAUUAGUAUAGUAGGAAAUGAUUUCAUACUGGAUGGGAAACCUCUGCACAUCAUGUCCGGCUCUCUACACUACUUCAGGCUACCAUCAGAAUACUGGCGAGACCGCCUACAGAAACUCAAAGCUGCGGGAUUAAAUGCGGUAUCCACAUACGUAGAGUGGAGUAGCCACGAACCAGAAGAGGGACAGACAUUCUUUGAAGGAGACUUAGAUUUGGUCAGGUUUAUCAAAAUAGCAGAAGAGGAAGGUCUGCUGGUGUUGUUCCGACCUGGACCUUAUAUCUGCGCGGAGCGGGAUUUGGGAGGUAUACCAUACUGGCUGUUGGGCAAAUAUCCAAACAUUAAAUUGCGUACAACGGACAAAAAUUUCAUCGCCGAAACCAGAAGAUGGAUGGCAACAUUGUUUGAGAGAGUAACGCCGCUCUUGUAUGGAAAUGGUGGACCUAUCAUCAUGGUUCAAGUCGAAAACGAGUAUGGAAGCUACGGUGCUGACAAAGUGUACAUGGCACAAAUCCGUGAUAUAAUUUUGGAACACGUAGGAUACAACGCCUUGCUGUACACCACAGACGGUUUCUACAAAUCAUAUUUCUACGACGGAUCUGUUCCUGAAACAUUGACUACUGUUGAUUUUGGAACAACUGACGACGUCAACAAGAAUUUCAAAUAUCUGCGCGAAUUUAUGCCUGUUGGUCCCCUGAUGAACUCCGAGUACUACCCGGGCUGGCUGACACACUGGAGCGAGCACAUCCAGCAAGUCGCCACCGCAAACGUCGUGAAGACCAUGAAAGACAUGAUCAACAAUAAUAUGCACUUUAACAUGUACAUGUUCUUUGGCGGUACCAACUUUGAGUUCUCUGCUGGUGCCAACUAUGGAUCUUUUUAUCAACCAGAUCUAACAUCGUACGACUACGAUGCGCCUCUCACUGAAGCCGGAGAUCCAUCGCCAAAAUACAUCGCGAUUAGAAAUGAACUUAUAAAAUACAAUCCUGAUGUUGCUAAGAUCCCUGAACCAGUACCAUCCAAAAAGGGAGAGUAUGGUAAGAUUGACUUGAGCCUGAAAAUGAGACUGCUGUCAACUGAAGGGCGUGCCGCCCUCGGAGUAGCUUACAAGAGUGUAACAGGUCGUAAGCUCCCAACUUUUGAGGAAUUACGUCAGAGGAGUGGUCUGGUUUUAUAUGAAACGACACUAAACGAAACUGACGGUAUUCUUCAAAUUGUGAAGCCUAGAGAUUGGAUCUUUGUAUUUGUAGAUAAUGAAUUGCAAGGCGUUAUAAACCGAAUGCAGAAAUUAUUUACCUUGAGUAUUAAGGCCAAACCUGGAUCUACGUUGUCUUUGCUUGUUGAGAACCAGGGAAGAAUUAAUUAUGGACCGAAAUUACAUGACUUUAAAGGUAUACUGAGUCCAGUGACAAUAAAUAAUAAAAGCCUCGUUGGAACUUGGAAGAUAACUGGAUUCCCGCUCAGUUUGAAAAAGGACGCCGACUACGGCACAAUCGAACAAAAUGGCAAUAAGCGGCAGCCUGCCUUAUUUGAAGGAACCCUGACAUUGCCUGAUGGAGAAGAACCACUUGAUACUUUCAUCGAUCCCACAGGAUGGGGAAAGGGAUACAUAAUCGUGAACGGUUACAACCUCGGCAGAUACUGGCCCAGUGUUGGUCCCCAAGUGACCCUGUACCUGCCGGGAGUAUGGCUCAACAAGGCGCCUGCCAAAAACAUCAUCCAAGUUGUCGAACUGCAAGAAGCUCCUGAUAAUUUGUCUCUAGACUUCAUUGACUAUCCAAUUUUAAAUAGGACUGGUAAUAUUCAUCGAUACUUCACGAAUAUGAAGCAAAAUGAGCAACUGUCGUGCGAAAUGGGUCCGCCUUGCACGCUGGUGCUGGCGGACGGCUCCAUGUACCAGGGACGCAGCUUCGGAGCCAAGGUGCCGGUAGAGGGUGAAGUAGUAUUCCAAACUGGUAUGGUCGGGUAUCCAGAGUCAUUGACGGACCCAUCGUACCACGCUCAACUGCUGGUGCUGACGUAUCCGCUGAUCGGCAACUACGGAGUGCCCGACGAAAGCGAACAGGAUGAAUACGGCCUACCACGAUGGUUCGAAUCUAACCGCAUUUGGGCGAGCGCUCUUAUAGUGGGUCAGAUAAGCACCCACGCGAGUCACUGGCGUGCCAUACAGUCGUUGGGAAACUGGCUGGAAUCCAAGGGAAUACCUGGACUCUGUGCAAUAGAUACAAGAGCCCUUACGUUUCGACUGCGCGAAGGAGUCACAUUGGGCAGAAUUAUUCAAGGCGUGCCUCCGUUUGGUCCCUUGCCUCCUCUGCAAGAUCCUAACAACCGCAAUUUAGUAGCAGAAGUAUCAAUUAAGGAACCACGCAUAUUUAAUCAGAAAGGAGACAUCAAUAUAGUAGCAGUUGAUUGUGGUUUGAAAUAUAACCAAAUAAGAUGUCUCGCUAAGCGCAAUGCUAAAGUGACAUUAGUUCCCUGGGACCAUAAAUUAGACCCAAAUAGUUAUGAUGGUUUGUUUAUAAGCAACGGUCCUGGAGAUCCAGAAAUGUGUAAAAAAGUAGUUGAAAAUCUGAGAAGUACAAUAAAUAAUAGUAAGAUUGUAAAACCUAUUUUUGGCAUUUGUCUUGGUCACCAGCUAUUAGCUACUGCCAUUGGAUGUAAAACUUAUAAAACAAGAUAUGGAAAUCGCGGUCAUAAUUUGCCAUGCACACAUAAGGAAACAUCAAGAUGUUUUAUGACAUCGCAAAAUCAUGGUUUUGCAGUUGAUGUUAAUACAUUGCCAAAAAAUUGGGAUAUCCUGUUUACAAAUGAAAACGACAAAACAAAUGAAGGCAUAAUACAUAACACUCUUCCAUACUUUAGUGUACAGUUUCAUCCUGAACAUACUGCAGGGCCCACCGACUUGGAAUGUCUCUUUGACAUUUUUAUAGACAGUGUAAAAGCUUUCAAGAGUAAUCAGAACUAUAAAGUAAAUGACAUGAUCACAAAGAAACUACAAUUUAUACCAACUAUUCACGAUCGCCCAAAAAAAGUUUUAAUUCUCGGUUCUGGUGGACUUUCUAUUGGACAGGCCGGCGAAUUUGAUUAUUCUGGAUCUCAGGGUGUAAAAGCUUUACAAGAAGAAAAAAUACAAACCGUUUUAAUAAACCCAAAUAUAGCGACAGUUCAAACUUCCAAAGGUUUAGCAGAUAAAGUGUAUUUUUUGCCAAUAACACCGGAAUAUGUGGAGCAAGUAAUAAAAGCUGAAAGACCAACCGGUGUUCUACUUACAUUCGGAGGCCAAACUGCCUUAAACUGUGGUGUUGAACUAGAAAAGUCCAAGGUAUUUGAAAAAUACAAUGUAAGUGUAUUAGGGACACCAAUCAAGUCAAUAGUAGACACCGAAGACCGAAAGAUAUUUGCGGAAAAAAUUAAUGCCAUCGGUGAAAAGGUUGCUCCUAGUGCAGCUGUCUCUACAGUUGAAGAAGCACUAGCAGCUGCAUUACAAAUUGGUUAUCCAGUUAUGGCGCGGUCCGCAUUUUCACUUGGAGGAUUAGGAUCAGGAUUUGCAAAUAAUGAGGAAGAGCUUAGAACUCUUGCCCAUCAAGCACUUUCACACUCAGAACAACUCAUCAUUGAUAAAUCACUAAAAGGCUGGAAAGAAGUUGAAUAUGAGGUAGUCAGAGAUGCAUAUGACAAUUGUAUCACCGUCUGUAAUAUGGAAAAUGUAGAUCCGUUAGGUAUUCACACAGGGGAAUCUAUUGUUGUUGCGCCUAGUCAAACAUUGUCUAACAAAGAUUAUUAUAUGCUUCGGAGCACUGCACUAAAAGUCAUAAGGCAUUUUGGUAUAGUAGGUGAAUGUAAUAUUCAGUAUGCACUGAAUCCAAACUCAGAAGAAUUUUAUAUAAUUGAAGUUAACGCGAGAUUAUCUAGAAGUUCUGCUUUAGCUAGCAAGGCAACUGGAUAUCCACUUGCAUACGUAGCCGCAAAAUUGGCUUUAGGAGUUUCGUUACCUUCUAUAAAAAAUUCUGUCACCGGUGUUACCACAGCUUGCUUCGAGCCAAGUUUAGAUUAUUGUGUUGUAAAGAUUCCAAGAUGGGAUUUAGCUAAAUUUAAUAGAGUAAGCACAAAGAUUGGAAGUUCUAUGAAAAGCGUCGGAGAAGUUAUGGCUAUUGGAAGAAAUUUCGAAGAAGCAUUCCAAAAAGCUUUAAGAAUGGUUGAUGAAAAUGUUAAUGGGUUUGACCCAUACAUCAAAAAAGUAAAUGAGAAUGAAUUAAGAGAACCCACAGAUAAGAGAAUGUUCGUUUUAGCCGCAGCUUUACGGGAGAACUACUCCAUAGAUAAACUAUACGAUCUUACAAAGAUAGAUAAAUGGUUUUUACAUAAAUUUAAAAAUAUAAUAGACUAUUACAAACAGUUGGAAUCAAUCAAUAGUAGUAAUAUCAGCUCAGAAAUUUUAAAUGCAGCAAAGCAAAUGGGAUUUUCAGACAAACAAAUUGCAGCUGCAAUUAAAAGUACUGAACUUGGAGUGAGAAAACUAAGAGAAGAAUUCCACAUAACACCUUUUGUGAAGCAGAUCGAUACAGUGGCAGCUGAAUGGCCGGCAUCAACAAAUUAUUUGUAUCUCACAUAUAAUGGAAGCACGCACGAUGUAGAUUUUCCUGGAGAAUUAAUAAUGGUUCUUGGUUCAGGCGUUUACAGAAUCGGUAGCUCAGUUGAGUUUGAUUGGUGCGCAGUGGGAUGUCUGAGAGAACUUAAAAAUCAAGGUAAAAAGACGAUAAUGAUCAACUAUAAUCCUGAAACUGUGAGCACAGAUUAUGAUAUGAGUGAUAGAUUAUAUUUUGAAGAAAUUUCAUUUGAAGUCGUAAUGGAUAUUUAUAAUUUAGAACAUCCAUUUGGUGUAAUUUUGUGUAUGGGAGGACAAUUGUCUAAUAACAUAGCUAUGGAUUUGCACAGACAACAGGCUAUAGUCUUGGGAACUUCGCCUGAUAUGAUAGACAAUGCUGAAAAUAGAUUCAAGUUCUCUCGCAUGUUAGAUCGCAAGGGAAUAUUGCAGCCUCGUUGGAAGGAAUUAACAAACCUUGAAUCUGCUGUUAGUUUUUGUGAAGAAGUAGGUUAUCCCUGCUUAGUGAGGCCUUCUUAUGUCUUAAGUGGAGCUGCAAUGAAUGUAGCUUACUCAAAUCAAGACUUAGAAGCGUAUUUGAAAUCUGCUAGCCAAGUGAGCAAGGAAUAUCCAGUAGUAAUUUCUAAGUAUAUAAUGGAUGCGAAAGAAAUUGAUGUGGAUGUAGUAGCUGCAGAUGGAGUAAUCCUUUGUAUGGCGGUGUCUGAACAUGUUGAAAAUGCCGGGGUACACUCGGGAGAUGCUACUUUAGUAACGCCUCCCCAGGAUAUUAAUCAAGAAACAUUAGAAAGAAUUAAUGAAAUAGCUAGAAUAAUUUCUGAAACUUUAGAUGUGACUGGUCCAUUUAAUAUGCAACUUAUCGCAAAAGAUAAUGAUCUAAAAGUUAUUGAAUGCAAUGUCAGGGUUUCGCGGUCAUUCCCUUUUGUUUCAAAAACAUUAGAUCAUGACUUUGUCGCAAUGGCUACUAGAGUUAUAUUAGGAUUGCCAGUCGAACCGGUAAAUGUUAUGGGAGGCUGCGGAAAAGUUGGAGUGAAAGUGCCGCAAUUUUCUUUUUCAAGAUUGUCUGGAGCUGAUGUUACUUUAGGUGUAGAAAUGGCUUCAACAGGAGAAGUUGCAUGUUUUGGAGAUAACCGAUAUGAAGCAUAUCUAAAAUCUUUAAUGAGUACCGGUUUCAGAAUUCCUAAAAAAGCUAUCCUGUUAUCCGUAGGAACGUUUAAGCACAAGAUAGAAUUGUUGCCCAGUGUCCGAAUUUUACAAAAUAUGGGAUAUAAAUUAUAUGCAAGUAUGGGAACUGGAGAUUUUUACACAGAACACGGUAUUGAGGUGGAAAGUGUACAAUGGACAUUUGAUCAUAUAGGAGAUCCAGAUGAUGCUAGAUCUGAUGGUGAGCUAAUGCAUUUAGCAGAUUUUAUGGCAAGACGUGAAUUAGACCUUGUAAUUAACUUACCUAUGCGGGGUGGUGCUAGGAGAGUUUCUUCAUUUACUACCCAUGGCUACCGAACUCGAAGAUUGGCCGUAGACUAUGCAGUGCCGUUGGUAACGGAUGUUAAAUGUGCAAAACUUUUAGUGAAGGCUAUGUUGCAAUGUGGCGGUGCACCGCCAAUGAAAACGCACACCGACUGUAUGACUUCUCGUAAUAUAAUAAAGUUGCCAGGUUUCAUAGACGUACAUGUUCAUGUACGAGAACCAGGAGCAACAUAUAAGGAAGACUUUAAUUCAUGUACAGCUUCUGCUCUAGCCGGUGGAAUUACAAUGAUAUGUGCCAUGCCCAAUACGAAUCCACCGGUUGUUGACCGCACCUCAUUCGAAUAUGUUUCGACUUUGGCUAGAGUCAGUGCCAGAUGCGACUAUGCGUUGUUCGUUGGGGCUUCAAGCAACAAUUACGACACAGCUGCAGAAUUAGCUCCACAAGCAGCGGCCCUCAAAAUGUAUCUAAAUCAGACAUUUACAACUCUUACACUCGAUGACAUGACGAUAUGGCAACGCCAUUUGCAAAAUUGGCCUAAGAAACUUCCUAUUUGCUCACACGCAGAAAAAGAAAAAACUGGAGCAAUUAUUUUGAUGGCAUCUUUGUUGGAUAGACCAAUACACAUUUGUCACGUUGCUCGAAAAGAAGAAAUUUUAAUUAUUAAGGCUGCUAAAGAGCAUGGCUUAAAAGUAACCUGUGAAGUUUGUCCUCAUCAUUUGUUUUUGAGCACAGCAGACAUCGACAAAAUUGGUUCAGGGCGAGCUGAAGUGCGUCCUAUCUUAUGCUCGCCGGAAGAUCAAGCAGAGUUGUGGAAAAACUUAGAUAUUAUUGAUAUUUUUGCAACUGAUCAUGCACCACAUACAGUAGAAGAGAAGAACAGCGAAAAGCCACCGCCUGGUUUUCCGGGCUUGGAAACCAUUUUGCCAUUACUUUUAAAUGCAGUUCAUCAAGGUCGGAUGACCAUAGAAGACAUAAUCAACAAAUUCCACAGAAAUCCGCGCAGAAUUUUCAAUCUACCUGAACAAUUAAAUACCUACGUUGAAGUCGAUAUGGAUUAUGAGUGGACGAUUCCGCAGGCCUUGGAAUUCACAAAAUCAAAAUGGACUCCGUUUGCUGGAGUGCAGGUAUGUGGUGCCGUACAUCGAGUAACAUUACGAGGUGAAAUAGCUUAUGUCGAAGGACAAAUUCUUGUACCUCCUGGAUUUGGACAAAAUGUUCGCGAAUGGCCUACACCUAAAAAGCAAUCGUUCCCUACGUAUGCUGUUGAGAAAGUCGAAAAAGAGAUAAGUCGGCCGAAUUCAGCGUUAGAUGUACAUGCUAAUUUAGAUAACAGUAGAAUAAGUGACAUUGAAUUUGACCAGUUAGAACCUUCGAAGCCCGAACUACCAAGCAAACUGAAUGUUCAUUUUAAUGAUACAACCGGCUUAAGAAGUAUUUCACCAUUGCCUGUCCAGACUUUUACUAGACAAAGGUGUGAUAGUUCAUCUUACCCAUCACAAGCACUUGUGCCACAGAAACAACGUAGUGAUUUGUACGGUAAAAGUAUAUUGACCGUUGAUACAUUCGGAAAGGAAACUCUCAACGACAUUUUCAAUCUAGCACAGUUUAUGAAAACUAGUGUCAGCAAAGGAAGAUAUCUUGAUGAUAUAUUAAGGGGUAAAGUUAUGUCCUCAAUAUUUUAUGAAGUAAGCACACGCACUAGUUGCAGUUUCGCUGCUGCUAUGCAAAGAUUGGGAGGAUCUGUAAUCCAUACAGACGCAACAAGUUCAUCUGCUAAAAAAGGUGAAACUUUAGAAGACAGCGUAGCUGUUAUGGCCAGUUACUCCGAUGUGGUAGUACUGCGACAUCCAGAGCCUGGAGCUGCGACCCGUGCAGCUCGGCACUGUCGUAAGCCUGUUAUUAAUGCUGGAGAUGGAAUAGGCGAACAUCCUACACAGGCAUUAUUAGAUGUAUUUACUAUCCGAGAAGAGAUAGGCACCGUCAAUGGGCUCACCAUAACAAUGGUCGGCGAUCUUAAGAAUGGACGUACAGUUCAUUCUUUGGCUCGAUUAUUAACUUUAUAUCAGGUUCAGCUGCAGUAUGUCAGUCCGCCUGGUUUAGGAAUGCCAAAACAUAUAAUGGAAUAUAUUGCUAAUAAAGGUAUUCCUCAAAAAGUCUUCCAUCGUUUAGAAGACGUUUUAGCCGACACGCAUGUUUUAUACAUGACACGUAUUCAACGUGAGAGAUUCGAAAGUCAAGAAGAAUAUGAUAAGAUGCGUGGUCUACUGGUAGUAACUCCACAACUCAUGACUCGAGCACGUCGUCGUAUGAUUGUGAUGCACCCUCUACCACGAGUAGAUGAAAUUUCUCCAGAAUUAGAUUCUGAUCCCAGAGCUGCUUAUUUCAGACAAGCUGAAUACGGAAUGUAUGUAAGAAUGGCAUUAUUGUCAAUGGUUGCAGGUGUCAACCCCCUUGUGUAAUAUAUCAAAACAACAAUAUUUUCUUUUCAAAAAAGUACCAA